CUUCCUGGUUCCUGCUGCUGUUUGUUCCUGUCCGAGGAGAGGUUGAUACAUGUAACAGAUCGCCAGUGGCUGGCUUGGGGAGGUAAGUGCCCUGGAGGGUGGGCACAGUUUGGGUGUCUUUACUUGGAGGGGGUAUUGGGGGGUGCUGCUGGGGUCCCCUGAACCGGACCAGGAGUUUAUCAGGAGACCUUUAUUAACCUCCAGCCGUGUAUUAAUGGAGGGUGAGAGUUACAAAGUAUUCCACCCUGUAAAUGUAUCUUGUUUUAUUUAAUUAGGAAUGAUCCUAUUAUAUUUCUAUCAUUCUAUCUAUCCUAUUUCAUUACACAGUCCAGUGAGGUCAGGAAGGCUGACAGCUAACACCCAUUCUUAUAUCAUUUAACCAUUUGGGACCCAUUUUUGCACUCUUUCUGUUUCCACUCCUGUUUGUCAGUACUUACCUUCUGUGUGUGUGUGUGUGUGUGUGUGUCUGUCUGUCUGUACCCCCUUUGGUACAGUUACCCCCAUCUGUUACUGGACAUAUAUCACUCUUAAAUUCUGCUGUCUGAGCAUGAAAAGAGUAGAGAGAACUCCCCCCCCCCAUGUUAAUUUAUAUAUUUGUAUAUUAACACUGUAGCAUUGAGAUGCUGCAGGAAAGAAUACAACUAAUCAGGGUAAGUCCCUUUAGAAUUCCUUCUUGAUUAAUGAAUGAAUCGCGUUGGACAGCAUUUGAUUUUUACACAUUGCAGGGCAACACUUUUCAUGCACAGUCCAUCAUGUUAAAGUGACAAGCAUGAAGAGUGUGACAACAGUGCUUGAGGCUGACCCUUUCCAAGCUAUGCUUUUGGAUAUUAUUUAGAGUGACAUUUAGACAUUUUGCUUCUAUUGUUUACAUCUCCUAUACCUCUUCUCUAUUCGCUUUUUCAGUUUAUAUGGAUCCAUUAUUGUGACGGUAUUGGUCUCUAUCAACUUUCUGAGAAAAAAAAAAAGACAAUUUCUGCAUAGUGGUAUCUGCAGCGUAUUUGGAACAAGUCUAUGAUCUUUGUAAUGUGAUUUAUGUAAUAGAUCUGUGUAUGGAGAUUAAAAAACUGUAAAAAAUAUUAUUCUUACAUUAGGAAUGUAAUAUUUUAAUGAUCGUUUAGUUAAAAUAUCACAUUUUAUCUUUAGGUUGUGUUUUUUUGUUUGUUUUUUUUGUUUAAAGAUUUACAUUUUUAUUUUUUUAUUUAUGUAAUGGCUGCCAGGUAAUUUUAAAGGGUUAUUCCAACUCUUUUUAAAUAACUUUUAUUUUAAUUUAGACUUAAGAAAAGGCCAAUUUUCUGUUGAAAUUAAGAGCUGUUACUUCCAGCGAAGUUAACCUGUCAUCAACACCAUGUGAAUUAACGUUUUACUUUAUGUAAAUUUUUUAUGGCCUGACCGUCUGGGCAAGUCAUCUGUUUAUAAAGAGGUUAAACAGUGACCCAUAGAAAUACACAUUGAAGUGGUCAGUGUGUAUGUGUACCAUUUCUGGGUUUUAUAUAUACAUAACUUGACAAUAUAGAAAUCUGUAUAGAUGGAUCUCAGUUGAGGAGUAAAUUGAAUAAUGAAACUGAAAUAAAAAUCAACAACAAGCUAAGGUUUAUUUGUAAUACAAGUUUAUAAAUGUCUGUUUUUUCUCAUUUAGUUUAUUGAUCAUCAUCCAAUUGCUUUACUGCUACGCUGACAACGCAAAAUCUAAGGUAAGUGUGCAAUAAUUACAGUAUUAUCUAUAGUAACCUUGACACUAGGCACCACAAUCACUUCCUUUUAUUAAAGUGGUUUUUGUGCUUGGACUCAGUGGCACAGUCCCACUGUUUCUCCCCAAACAAGGAGCAUUUACUGCUAUGAGCGUGAGAGAAUGAGGAAUUGCAGCUAUUGUGAAAGUGACAUUUACUUUGUAUCAAGAUAUUUUGACAAGGUGCUACUUGUUGCUAUCAUUCUUUUUCUUUAACCCCUUCAGGACAAAGUCAAUUGUCCACGUUCUGAUCAAAACAAAAUGUAAACAAAAACUGGAAUUUGCGCUAUGUCUGUUCAACCAUAAUUCACCUCUUUCAUAUGAAGUGCACACUUAUUAUAUAUCAUUUUAUUCAGGUGAAACAGGGCUUUAAUGUCUCAUGAACUAUUCAUAUAUGAAACAUAAUUUAUUAUGAAUAAAAUAAAAAAAACUGUGAGAAAUUUAAUAUUUUUAAAAAUAAUUUGUAGUUCCGCCUGACAUUUUAGCUGUAAAUGUCAUACCGUUAGCUUUUACUACAGUAAAAUGCACAUAUUUUUAUUCCGCAACAUCUCACGAGUACAACAGUACCCCCUUUUAACAGGUUUUACAGUGUUUUGGAAAGUUACAGGGUCAAAUAUAGCACAUUCCAUUUUUCCAUUUUUUUUCACAUUGAAAUUUGCCAGAUUAGUAAUGUUACCUUUUGAGACCAUGUGGUAGCCCAGGAAUGAGAAUUACUCUCAAGAUGACAUACCAUUUGCAAAGGUAGACAACCCAAGGUAUUGCAAGUGGGGAAUGUCCAGUCUUUUUUAGUAGCCACUUAGUCACAACCACUGGCCACAUUUAGCGUUCAUAUUUGGUUUUUGUGUGAAAAAAGCAAAAAACAAAUAUUUGGCCAGUGUUUGUGACUAGGUGGCUACUAAAAAAGACUGGACAUACCCCACUUGCAAUACCUUGGGUUCCCUACUUUUGUAAAUGGUAUGCCAUCGUGGGGAUAAUUCUCAUUCCUGGGCUACCAUAUGGUCUCAAAGGCAACAUUACCAAACCGGCAAAUUUAAACGUGAAAAAAAUGAAAUGCAAGCCUUAUAUUUGAAUCACUACCUUUACAGAACACCAUAAAACCUGUACACAGGGGGUACUGUUAUACUUGGGAGACUUCACUGAACACAAACAUUAGUGUUUCAAAACAGUAAAUUGUAUUACAACAAUAAUAUUGUCAGUAAAGAUGCCGUUCGUGUGUGAAAAAUGCAAAAAACUUCACUUUUACUAAAAAUAUCAUCGUUGUAAUACAAUUUACCAUUUUGAAACUCUAAUUUUUGUGUUCAGUGAAGUCUCCCGAGUAAAACAGUACCCCCCCAUGUCCAGGUUUUAUGGUGUCUUGGAAAGUUACAGGGUUAAAUAUAGUGCUUGCGAAUUACAUUCUCUGUCCUUUCUGCCUGUGUUGUCAGGCAUGUCAAUCAAAUAUUAAUUAAUAAAAUCACAUAGUUAUGCUAAAAGAUUACUUCAAUAUACACGUAGAAUUUUAACCCCUUAAAGACACAACUUCUGGAAUAAAAGGGAAUAAUGACUGAAUAUUUCUGUCAUGUGUCCUUAAGGGGUUAAUAUAUAUACAUAUAUGUAUUUAAAUUCUACGUGUAUACUUAUGUAUAUAUAUAUAUAUAUAUAUAUAUAUAUAUAUAUAUAUAUAUAUAUAUAUAUAUAUAUAUAUAUAUAUAUUAUACACACACAUAUAAUUUGUGGUUAUUUGUAUUUUAUAGAUAGAUCUAUAUAGAAUGUCAUUCUAAGUGUAUUUUGUUACAUAUAUAUAACAAAAUACAGUUAGAAUGAAAUUACAUAUGUAUACAUGAUUUAAUUUAAAAAAAAUAUAUAUUUUAUUCAUUAUUGUAAUUAUAUGUGUGUGUGUGUGUAUAAUAUAUAUAUUUUUUUUUUUUGCAUAAAUCCCCUACACUCACGCCUUAACCACUUCACUGCCGGGUGCAUAUGCCAGGGCUCCACAGAAACACAAUCCCAAAGUAGUAAUGGCUGCUCUCCGGUCUUAAAAAUAAAAAUGUUAUUAAAUCAAGUUAAAAAUAACGACCAACGUUUCAGUCCCAGCUCGAGACUUUCUUCAGGGUUGUCUUGUCUUGUUUGACCCUGAAGAAAGUCCCGAGCCGGGACUGAAACGUUGGUCGUUAUUUUUAACUUUAUUAAAUCAAGUUUUUAUUUUUAAGACCGGAGAGCAGCCAUUACUACUUUGGGAUUUUGUGUGUGUGUGUGUGUGUGUGUGUGUGUGUGUGUGUGUGUGUGUAUAUAUAUAUAUAUAUAUAUAUAUAUAUAUAUAUAUAUAUAUAUAUAUAUAUAUAUAUAUAUAUAUAUAUAUAUAUAUAUAUAUAUAUAUAUCCAGGAUGCACUGUCAGGGCUUGGUGAAAAAAUAUUCUGAUUUAUUUAAAUAAUGUGCAUAACACAAACAAAUCAACCGGCGUUUCGACCCCUGCUGGUCUUUUUCACCAAGCCCUGUGAGUGCAUCCUGGACUUUUCUUUACUUAUAUAUUGGACGCACUACGGAUGGCACCCAAGCAGAUAUAAUAAUAACAAUAAGAAGGAGAGGGCCAAACUAUUUACUUUUAUUUAUUACACACACACACACACACACAGACACACACACACACACACACACACACACACACACUGUGUGUAUGUAUGUAUUAAAUAUAUGUAACGUCAUUCUAAGUGUAUUUUAAUACUAAUAUAUGUACUUAUAUUAACAUUAAAAUACACUACGUAUGACGUAACAUAUAUAUAUAUAUAUAUAUAUAUAUAAUAUGUGUGUAUAUGUAUGUAUGUGUGUGUGUAUAUAUGUAUAUAAUAUAAUAUGUUCCUUGGCACUCACCCCUUUAGUGGAUAAAGGUAAAUUCGCCUCGGCGCUUCCCUUGGCGUACUAUAUAAUCAAAAAAUUAGGAAGUAGGUGCACUCAGAGGUCUUGUAUUCUUCAAAUAGUGGUUUUAUUCAGAUUUACAUGCGUUAGUCCCGAUCAACGUUAAAAAGUGGGAGGCACAUAUACAAACUUUUGUAAUUCCUACACCGUUCACCUGAUUUGGAUGUAAAUACCCUCAAAUUAAAGCUGAAAGUCUACAGUUAAAGCACAUCUUGUUUGUUUCAUUUCAAACCCAUUGUGUUGGUAUAUAGAGCCAAAAAGAUUAGAAUUGUGUCGAUGUCCCAAUAUUUAUGGACCUGACUGUAUUAUACACUUUUAUUUUAAACAUGUUGAAUUAUUUUUUUUAUUUUUAUUUUUUAUACCUCCCACCAGCAGGGGGACUGUCUGACAGCCCAGACAGUCUCCCUGCUGGCAGAUCCACAGCCAGCUAUAGGGGGCCAUUUAAUUGCUCUUUGAGAGCGAUCACAUGGCCCUCAGGAGCCUGAUUUGCACAAUUCAAACACAGCCCUGAAUUGGAUCAAUGAAUCUCUAUGAGGAAAGUUCAGUGUCUGCAUGCAGAGGGAGGAGAUACUGAAUGUUUGGAUGCAUUUUAGGCAGCCAUGACCCAGGAAGGAUCUCUAACAGCCAUCUGAGGAGUGGCCAGUGAAGUUAUCACUAGGCUGUAAUGUAAACACGUCAUUUUCUCUGAAAAGACAGUGUUUACAGCAAAAAGCCUGAAUGUAAUGAUUCUACUCACCAGAACAAAUUCAAUAAGCUUUAGUUGUUCUGGUGACUGUAGUGUCCCUUUAAAAUCUUCUACUGCAGUUGUGCAUCUCCCUCUUUUAUAGUAUUUGUUAAUGUCCUUGUAGAUUCGCUACAUUCCAAAUUGUAAUUCGUCUGCAUUUGGGCUAAUCGGAUGAACAUUCAAAUUCCUAAGCCCAAGCCGAAAUGUAACUGAAUCGCGAACUAAACAAAACAUGCAAUAGCUAAGCAUGUCAUUUUGAUUAAUGAUUCUAAAUUCCACCUGUGGAGCCAAAAGAAGUGGAUAAUUGUUAAAAUAAAAUUAUAAGAAAUAUAUGAUUGAUGGUUAGGGGACAGUGAGUAAAUGUUGAUUUUAUUUACAGAUCUAGUGAGAAGUGACCACUAGAGGCAGGGCCGGCUUUAGGCGCCCUGUGCGAAAAAUCUUCCCAGCGCUCCCCCUCCCCCCGUCAUCCAUGUAUGAUGUAAUGUUUGUGUUGUUUGUGUAUGUGAUAGGUGUGAUUACUGUGUGUGAUAUGUAUGCUAUGUGUUGGCUGUGUGUGUGAUAUGCGUAUAUUGGUUGUAUGUGAUUUUUGUGCUGGGUUUAUUGACUGUGUGUGAUGGUUAUUCAAUUCAGAUAAAAACAUGCAUGCAAUUAGGCCUGUAUGUGAAUGCAGGUGUAUAUUUUUGCAGAGUUAUGUGCACACAGUCCCACAGUCAGAUGCACACAGUUAUACAUAUACACUGUCAAAUCCACCACAUGCACACAGUCGCAGGCAGAUAGUUACAUGAACAGGAUCAGGCAGUAACACACAUACACAGUUACAGGUAGAUAAACGCAGACAGACAGACACACACACACACACACACACACAGGCAGCCACACAUACAGUUUUACUCACACACACACUGCCACACAGUCUUACACACACAUACUUACAUGCAGACAGACACACACACACACACACACACACACAGGCAGACGGCCAUACACACACGGGAAGACAUCCACACACACAGAGGUAGGCAGUCACACACACAGGCAGACAGCCAAUCAAACACACACAGGCAGAUAGUCAUCAGACACACACACACAGGCAGUCAUACACACACAUGCAGUCAUACACACACACACAGGCUGUCAUAUACACACACACAGGCUGUCAUAUACACACACACACAGGCUGUCAUAUACACACAGGCAGGCAGUCAUACACACACACACACACACACACACACACACACACACACACAGACAGGCAGUCAUACAAACACACACACACAGGCAGACCGUCACAGACACACAGGCAGACAGUCACACUCACACUGACAAUCACACAGUUACCUGUGGAGUUCAUUGUGGAGACAGUGCAGCUCCUGGAGACUGUUUGGUGGGGAAGCAGGGACUCCUUCCUGCUUCCCCUGCAGCAGUUAUCCGGCGCUUUUAGCUCCGCUCCAUUACACAGGAAGCUCCUCCCCUGCCGCAUGGGAAGCUCCGCCCCGCCACAAUUUUUUUUACAUUUCAGGCUGCCCCCUGCUCCAUGGCACCCUGUGCGGCCUCACAGCUAGCACACCCCUAAGGCUGGCCCUGACUAGAGGGGGGAAAAAGGAGGAGCAGUAAAAGAAAAACAUUUAUUUAUACGUUAUUUAUAUAUAAAAUAUAGAUUUAUAUUUUUUUUUUAUUGAUUUUUUUUUUUUUUUUCUCUGCCUGUUUUUUCCCUCUGGUAGCUACUUUUUCUCACUUGAUUUGAACAAAAUGGCAGAAAAAUGUGCCUUUCAGUGUACUGCAAAAUUGUACACGUAAUAUCUAUUUUCUCACCCUUUUUGUUUAUCAGAUUUGUUUCCUGAAUCAGUUUUUCGAUGCCAAAUUGACCUAUCGCAAAAUUUAGACAUUCCACCCCCCAAAAAAACGGUUCUGCCAAACUGAAUUUUCUCGAUGAGCACAAAUCUAGUUGCUAAAGGGUCACUCCAUGCCCCCAGAACCUCAGCAGUGAUGAUGGAAAGACCCUAGACGGCGACACAGCUGGUUUAAUGUAUUAGGAAAAGCAAUUUUAUUAGUAAUGUAAAACAUCAAGUGAUGUUUACUAUAGCUUAAAGACAAAGAGGGGCUGUGUGAAGUCCCUCCUGUCACCCAAAGGAUAGAAUUGUCCAAUGGGCAUGCCUUAUGCCAUAGCUUGUAUCCCACUUUACAUACCAGACGGCUGAUCUUCUUUUCUUGUUGUUUAGGUUUCCUGAAGACCUCUUUUUACUCCUUGACCAUGGAAACCUGCCAUGGCUUUGAGGUUGGUGCUGAAGUUGAACUGCAGGAGGUGGUAGAAUUGGUGGAGGAAUGUCCGUCAAUAACAGUGGUAAGUACUGCGUGCCUUACAGAUUGCUUUACGUUAAAUGUGGAUACAUCUACUGGUGAAUGAUACCCUUUCUUUGCAAAGCCUUUCAUCAGUGCUCAUUAUUAUCUCUAGUUGUUUGAGAUACUGUGCAGAACAUCACUUUCUAGGGCAGUAGGUUGUGUUUCUGUUUUUUGUUAGUUUGUUUUUUCAUACUUUAUUAAGACACUUGUGUUUUCUGUUCAUUUUGCUAAUUUUGUCUUUAUCUUAAGUGUAUAUAGAAUUUAAAUAAUAUAGAAUUCAAAUGCUGAUGGUUACUGCGGUAUAAUUUAAUUUUAAGGUGACUUCUGCUAUUGUCUUAUACAAUGCAACUAUUUGGCAGCUGUAAAAUGAUAAAAAGCCCAAACUGACAAACAAAAAGGGACAAAAUGUUUGAUAGACCCUUUUUGUUUGUUUGUUUGUUUGUUUGUUUACUUUUCAGUCUACAUCAAUUUGUUUAACCCCUUAAGGACCGGACUGUUUUUGCGAUGUUGCACAUUUGCGACCAGGCAUCUUUUUACACUUUUGUGGUGUUUGUAUUUAGCUGUAAUUUUCUGCUCUCUCAUUUACUGUUCCCAUACAAAUUAUAUGUUGUUUUUUUUCAGGAGAAAAGGGGCUUUCUUUACAUACCAUUAUUUAUAUAAUCUCAUGUAAUUUAAUUUUAAAAUUUAAAAAAAAAAAAAUAUGAUGAAAAAUUUAAAUAAAUACAUGUUUUUUUACUUUUACUUGAAAAAUCUUUUACUCAUCUACAAAAGCAAAUGAAAAAAAACUACUAAAUAGAUUCAAAAUUUUGUCCUGAGUUUAAAAAUACCCAGUGUUUACAUGCAUUUUUGCAAUUUUUUUGCAUGUUAUAGGGCUAUAAGUACAAGUAGGAUAUUGCUGUUUCAAAACAUACAUUUUUAAAAUUUAUCAAUAGUGACAUUGUAACACUAUUAUCGGUCAUAAAUCUCUGAAUCUACACCCCACAUGUACAUUUUUUUUUUUUUAAAGUAGACAAUCCAGGGUAUUCAAUAUGGGGUAUGUCCAGACUUUUUUAGUAGCCACUUAGUCGCAAACACUGGCCAAAUUUAGCGUUCAUAUUUUUUUUUGUUUGUGUGUGUGAAUGGACAUACCCCAUUUGCAAUACCUUGGGUUGUGUUCUUUUGCAAAUGGUAUGCCAUCAUCGGGGUAAUUCUCAUUCCUGGGCUAACAUACGCUCUCAAAGGCAACGUAACCAACCUGGCCUUUUUCAAUGUAAAAAUAUUUGACCCUGUAACUUUCAAAAACGCUAUAAAACCUGUACAUGGGGGGUACUGUUAUACUCAGGAGACUUUGCUGAACACAAAUAUUAGUGUUUCAAAAUAGGAAAACGUAUCACAACAAUUUAUAUUAUCAGUAAAAGUGCUGUUUGUGUGUGAAAAAUGCAAAAAAAGUCACUUUCACCGACAAUAUAAUCGCUGUGAUAUGUUUUACUGUUUCGAAUCACUAAUAUUUGUGUUCAGCAAAGUCUCCCGAGUAAAACAGUACCCCCCAUGUACAGGUUUUAGGGUGUCAUAGAAAGUUACAGGGUAAAAUAUAGUGCUAGCAAAUUAAAUUCUCUGGACUUUCGACCUGGAUUGGCAGGCAGGUCCCUCAAAUUGCAAUCAAUAAAAUUACUUAAUUAUGUAAAAAUAUUACAUAAAUACGCAUGUAGAAUUUAAAUAUAUAUGCAUAUUUAUAUAUUUGAAGUCUACGUGUAUAUUUAUAUAAUUAUUCAUGUAAUUUUGUAUAUGGACAUGUCUAUUUCGUAUUAUUUUGAUUUAUUUAUACAUAGAUAUAUAUACAAUGUCAUUCUAAGUGUAUUUUGAUAUAUAUAUAUAUAUAUAUAUAUAUACUAAUAUCAAGAUACAGUUAGAAUCAAAUUUCAUAUAGAUAUAUAAUUUUUUUUAAAUUUUUAAUUUAAAUUACUUAUUUGUAUUUUAUAAUAUAUAUAUAUAUAUAUAUAUAUAUAUAUAUAUAUAUAUAUAUAUAUAUAUAUAUAUAUAUAUAUAUAAUAUAUAUAUAUAAAUAAAGAAUAUCAACAUCCCCUGCACUCACGCUUGAAGUAUUCCAAAUGCCGGGCGCACCACCAAAGCUCCAAUAGGUAUAACAUCCACAAGAAAAGGCUGCUCUCCGGACUUAAAAUAAAAAGUUUUAUUGAAAAAAUUUAAAAAUGAUGACCAACGUUUCGGUCCCCGAUCGGGACCUUCCUCAGGGUCAGAGACAAUAGGACAACAACAAACGGUGUACAAAAUGACAAUAUAUACCAUUACAUUAAGUGAAAUAACUCACCCAGGUGUUCUAUUCUCGUUUCCCGCCGGCACCCAGUGAAUUUCCGGGUAUGCGCGCGCACGUCAAUACGUGCUCCGCCCCCUCAUCAUACUACGUUACGUGCCGACGUACUCCCGGUCACAUAGACCGGUCUCCUUAGCAACCGUAUAUACAAAGACCCCUCUUACAACAAGAGGAGUCUGUACCAGAAUAGAGAAUAGGAUAAGAAGAAUUAGUGCCAUAUACAAGUAAUCUAAGUGCCUUUCUAAAACAAAUCUUGUGACAGGCUCAUUAUAUAUCAUAUACCCCUAACCACAAUAACACCUAGUGAACCUAGGUAAGUGACACCUCAUCAAGGUGAUAAUAGUACCACUAAAAUUUAUCCAGAAAGUGCAUGAGCCCCUUUUAUAGUUAAGUGUGAAAUUACACUCAUUAGUGAAUCAAAAAAAUUCAUAUAUAUACACGUGUGUAAUUUAAUUAUAAGUGUAUUUUUAUAUUAAUAUAUGUACAUAUUAAUAUAAAAAUACACUUAGUAUGACAUUAUUUAUAUAUAUAUAUAUUAUAUACACAUGUAUAAUUUUUUUUAAAUUAACUUUAAUUUAUUUUUUUUUGUCAGUACAGACAGUCCCCCUGCAGGCAUACACAUGGACCCAGGGGUCCUAAUCUGCUGUGGGGAGACUGUCUGGGCUGCAGGCAGUCUCCCCACACCGAGAGCAACUCCAAUCGCCGCCGGGGGAACGACGGCGAACGGGUAAGUACAUCUGACCGUUAGGACGGUUCGGGACCGUCACCGGUCGGCAACGCUAAAAUGCCGAUGACGGUCCUGAACCAUCCGCGGUCCUUAAGGGGUUAAAUAUUGCAACUGUUUAUUUUUUUUUUUUUUUUUUUACUCAUCUGACUUUACUAACUUUAACAGUGAGUUGCAAAUACGGUAACUGCUAUUUGAAAUUACAGGAGCUGUUCACCAAAGUGAGAAUACAAAGUGAAUUUCAAAUUUAAGGCCAGAGUAGCCGAACUGCAAGCAUAGCGGACUUAGAACUUUUCCAGUUCAGCUAUUUUGUCCUUAAAUUUGAAUUCUCACUUUAGCAAAUAACCCUGAUAAAGUUUGGUCAAGUUCACAACAUUAUGUCCAUUGCGGUGGACUAUAAAUGCUCUUUAUUAUUAAGUUAUCAUUUAGCUUAUUGUUUCUCCGUUCAGAAGACAAGCUUUUGAGAUUUUAUGUAAUUUGUUUUUGAUUCUGAAUAUCAUGAUUAUGGUUCAAGGGCUCACUCAUUUCUUUAUUCCUUAAUUUGUUCCCUCUAGGAGAAUAAGCACGACUUGCCAGUCUGGCAAACCUCGCAUUGCAUCGAUGAUCUGAUUAGUGAUGAGGAGCUAGAUUCACAGCCCGUCCUUUCCCCAUCUCCUGAGAUUGAAAACCUGAAAGUAUUUGAUUCUUCUUUCAUUGAAACAAAAAUACGUUAUGAGGAGAGAGGAACCGCAAGUGAGAAGACUGCCCCGCUUUCUGUCUCUGAUGGUUCACUUACAGGAUUCCAGAGCCAUGGAUUAACAUCAGAUACGGAGUCAAUGCUUUGGAAUAACUACUUUCUUCAAGACCCAGAUAACCCACUAGAAGUGAUAUCAGGUACUGGGGAAACCGAAACUAUGAGGAAUUCUGAUACCAGACAGAACCAAGCAUUGUACCGGCUACCUUCUAACUUCAACCACAUGUCUUCAGAAUCAGCCUGGUCUGAACAAGAGAAAAAUGAGGACUCCGAACACUUUAGUUACUACAAUGCCAACACAAAUUUUAGGGGUUCUGUAAAACCUUCAGUUCGUCGCCAUAAAUGUCCAAGGUGUGGACGUAGCUUCAGACGUUUGUGCAACCUAGAAAAGCACCUGUGUCUGAAAAUGGCAAUGGGAUUCUCUGUAGCAAAUGGCAGUAAUCCUGGGCAAGUUGUUCCCAGUGCCAAAGCCACAAUGAAAGUCAACGGGCAUGAAAAUAAUUAUCAAUCCAAUAGUGGCUCGGAUGAGCUGUUGGAGCAGAUGUGUGCCAAAGCUCAACAGGAGCUUCACCUAAUACAACAGCAACAUGGCAAGAGUGGACCUUCUGACGAAAAAAGUGUCAGGCAGGAGUAUGAGACUAUAGAGAAGGCACACCUGCCAGUCACGCCCUCCUUAAUUGAGAACCUUUACGCACCAACUUUCCCUCUGUUCUUCCCUUGUAAGGAAUGUGGACGUUAUAUACACAAGAACUCCGUAGACAGCCACAGUUGCUGGAACAAAGACUCCAGUUUAUCAUUUCUAGAAGGUGUAGCCACUGCUAAUAAAUCCCAAAUGCCAGCUCUGGGAAGAUCUCAACGUGAGAAGAGCAACAAUCUAGAAUAUACUGAUAUAAUUCAAGUAAUAACACCAGGAACUCCGGCAAAGAGACCGAAAAUACAUUCUGUUGCUGAAGAAUCGAUCACAACUAAAGGCAAACUUUCCAAAACCUCAUUUUUUUGUGAUCGAUGUGGCCGUAUCUUUAGGCACAAGCACACCUUAGAAAAGCAUAAAUGCACUAAGAAAGACAUCAGCACAUCCCCAAUACAAAAUAGUCUAGAGGAGUCACAUAAGUCCACGGCCAGAUAUCCGUAUUCACUCCAAAGAAGCAAAUCCUAUAUUAAUGCGGAAAAGGGAACGCUUGUUCAAACACACAAGGAUGAUGCCAUGUAUAAAAAGAUAGACUUUUUCCACGAUCCGGGCUCUUUAGAUUUUGCAGAAACAAACAUGGAUUACGUCAUUGGAACUGCAGAGGAUGGCACAUUAUACGAUGGGGAGGACAUUCCCAUAGACUUCAUUGAUUCAGAGGGGAUGAGGAAUACUGGUGAAACUGAGGGACAGUUAGAGCACAGUUUGCCAUUUGAAAAAGAUUGGGAUGGUCAGUCACCAGAUAUAAUUAAGCAUCUGAUACCUCGUCCAGUGACCUUGCCAUUAAAAACGUUGGCACGAAUUGGCAAGAGGCUGAAGCAUUCAUAUCAGUGUCAGGAUUGCGGUGCACAAUUUCUUCAGUACUCACAGUGGAAGCGGCACCAACAGAAGGGAAAAGUGCACAAAGGUGGCUUAAAGGAAAAUCACAAAUGUGACUGUGGCCGACACAUUUUUGGGCCUUUACACUUGCUUCGACAUCAGUUGCAACACAUAAGUGGCACCCCAUUUGUUUGUUCUGUGUGUGGACAGUGUCUUCGUGGCUAUCGUCGCCUCCAGGCACACAGCUGGGUUCACCCACUGGCGUCCCGAUUUCAGUGUGAUUGUGGCGAAAUGUUUACCCAUCUUUCAAGGUAUCUCUGGCAUUCGUUGCUGAACAGCAAAUCUCCCAAAGGAAAACAUACAAAAGCGGUACGAUCGUAGUAUCACUUUAGCUGUUUUACUGACUAAUCUGGACACGAUGCUACUGGAACGUCUCACGGAUAGUCUCAUAGACUAAAGCAGCGUAUUUAAGGGUCAUUUUUUGUGGCAAUGUAUCUGCUUGAUUGCCACGUGUUUUGUAAAAUGGAUCAUUUCCAGGACACUAUACUUGUUCCUGAUCUAGCUUUGCUGAGCUACAGAGCAUACGCUCUAUGAGUAGGUGGUGCAUAAGCUGUGGAAGAACUAAUUUAAUCUAAAUAUUGAUUAUUAUUUUCAGAAGAAGUAAAUGUUAUUUAUAGCUGUUCUUCUAGAGUACAACUUUUCUUUUCUCAAAAUAAAACUUGAAAGGUAUAUAAUUAUCACAAACUUGUG